GGGAUGACGUAUACUUCGUAACAAUAGCAUAUUACGUGAAAAGAGGGAAAAAAGAAAACAAACGUGUAUGUAUUGUACACGAUAAACGGCCAUUUUAAGCAUGCGCGAUAAAGCACGGCCGUAAUUUUGUCGUGCACUUGAUUCGCUGUUAAAUGUAGAAGAAGGGUGGUUUGUGUCAUUCGGAAAAAUAAAAUGAACGGAAGAUAAAAAGAAUGAUCAGUAGUACUACGAGUGUGUGAAGGGGCCCAUUUGUUUACGUUGUUCGCGAAAGGAAGGAGGGAAAAGAAUAGAAGGAGACAAGACGAGACGCCGCUGCCGCCGCUUCAAUUGCUACUGCCCACGCUUGACGGCCAAUCUCUCAAAACGCACAUUCAAUAUCGGAUAACCUUUUUUUCGUAUUUUUUUGUUCGGUGAAAUAUAUCGGUGUGCAGUGACCGAGUGUUCACAUUGUGCGGGAAUAAGUGUGGUGCGUGUGAAAGAGUACGAGAGAGAAAGAGAAAGAGUGCUUGCGCCGUUGUGACGCAAUCUAAAGUACAAAUAUCGCAUAUCAACGAAGUAUUUUUGUUUUGGACCUCACUACAAAGUCAUCGAAACUUUUUGCAUGCCACGAGCUCACAAAAAGAAGCAACCAUCACUGACGUUUAUAAAUGACAUAUAUUUUUCUUCCUCAUUGUUCUAUUCUGCAAAUACGUGAUUAAACACGUAAUGUUAUUGUUAUAACAAGGAAUGAGAAUAGAAAAAUAAAAACAGAAAUCGAUUUGAUCAUCGCGAUACGAAUAAGAGGCUUUUUUUUCGUUGGGUAUUCCACCCAAAGCAAACUUUCCUAGAAUUACGUGUACCUCUUCGUACAAAUAAAAGCGAACUUGAAAAAUGGCAUCCCAGAUCGGCGAUGGAGAUUAUUUGGCUGCUUAUCGCCGAUUCUUUGUUGACUUUCUUGGCAAAGUCAACCCGGAUGAUCAGCUGCCCAUUAAGACGGGCGGCCACGAUGUUACCGAGGGAGAAAUUGUCGGGGAGAUUGUUCACAUGACUCUUCAGUACCUUGAUCAACAGCUUUGUCCACCAAGUUUACAAUGUUACAUAGCACAACUUGUUAUCGAAGAAAUAAAAGCAACAUGCAGAAAACAACCAGAGACCUGUGGCUUUCGCCAGGACAGCAAAACAUAUGCGCCACUGAAACUCAUGCAAGCGGUAACGGGUAAAGUGAAUGAGAUUUGCCAACGAUAUUUGGAAAAUAGUAGAUUGGCGUUGUUGCCGCCACCUCCCUCGACACCAAUGCCUUUAGCUACAGCUUUUGCCAUUAGAAAUAAUAGACGGAAGAUGGAAGAUCGUCACGUUAUAUUGCACGAUCUAAAUACUAUUUUUAAUAUUAAGCACGACUCUAUUGCGAGUUAUUAUGCAGUAUUCGAUGGACAUGCGGGUUAUCAGGCCGCUGUAUUUUGCGCUACACACCUUCAUCAGUAUUUGGCAGAAAGCCUCUACUAUCCUACAGACCCAGAGGGUGCCUUACGCGAAGCAUUUUUAAAUACUGACGCGAGAUUCAUAGAUAAAUCAACGAGACAAACACUGUCGAGCGGUACAACGGCAGUUUGUGCAUUAAUAUUGAACAGAAAGCUUUACGUGGCUUGGGCCGGAGAUUCCCAGGCAGCUUUGGCGAAACGAGGAAUAGUCACGCAGCUCGUAAAUCCGCACAAACCGGACAGAAACGACGAGCGAGAACGAGUCGAAGAAAUGGGUGGAACGGUGAUGCACCUUGGAAUUUGGCGCGUCAACGGUAAUCUUGCGGUUUCCCGAGCGAUAGGUGACGCACAGUACAAACCAUACGUCACUGGGGAACCGGAAAUUCGAUGCAUCACUCUGGACGGCCAGGAAGACUUUCUCAUAAUCGCCUGCGACGGACUGUGGGACUGCGUCACCGAGAACGAGGCCGCGACGCUUGUCUACCGGCAUCUCUACUGGAACCCAUACGAUUACGGUUCAACGAGUCAACGGCUGGUGGAGUACGCCAAGAAUCAGGGCUCGAUCGACAAUAUAACUGUCAUCGUCGUGUUCCUCGCGACUCCAAGACAAAUAGCCUCGAGGUCAACGUACGGAAAUCCCCUACUCGCGGAUGUUCAAAUGAACAACAUGGAGCCUGACAAUCGAUAUCUAUCGAACGCGAAUGGACAAUACGACGUGAAUUCGGCGUUCGUAAAGCAGCAACAGCCAACGGGUAACAAUGGUUCCUCCUCCGAUAUGACGAUGGAGGAUCAGUACGGGAAUUAUAGCAAUAAAUCGAGCAACGGUAGUAAGGGUCACGAGAACGGUGACGAUCAAGUUGCCGAUUACAACCGCGAAGGGGAGGAGGAGGACGACGAGGAGGAAGAAGAGGAGGAGGAGGAGGAGGACGACGACGACGACGACGAUCUCGGGCCGGAAACUGACGUUGACGCGGUCGAUGAUGUUUCCGAGCCGGUACCAGCCACCCUCGCCGACGUCUCGCGACAGCUUUUCACCGAUAAGCCGGAUCCUAGCGAGCUAUGUCGGAGCGACGAGUGCAUGGACGAGGAUUCUUCACCCUCGCCAAACCUCGCAACCCAAACCCAAAAGCGAUCAGUGAUCCCUGAUGCGGAUAAUGUAGCGGACAGCGAAGACUCCGAGGACGAGUGGAAUUAUUAUCGCAUCGAUCCCAACAAGGAAAAAGCCGACGUCGAGGAGGCCGGUGCUGCAGGUUUCAGUCCCGUGGCAAAAACCGGAGACGAGCCACUCGAGAAAAGCACCGCCGGGUCAGAGCCCAGGGAACGCGAGGAAAAAUCACUCGAGACUGCCGAUAACGCUGCGGGGGAUUCGAACAGCGAUUCCGAGGACAGCGCCCGAGAAGUACGGGCCAACGUGCUUACUGAAUCUGAGAUAAGCGCCGUAACUCAUCCGCUCGAAACGAGCCUCGCGCCGAAAGACCUCGAAUCCGACAGCGAAGAGGAAAAGCUCGACGAUCACAUGGAGAAGAAGAUCCGUGACGAGGAGGGAAAGAAAGAAGCCGAUGAGGGAAGCAACAUGGACUUCCAACUGAAUCCUAACGCCGCAGAAUUCGUUCCCGUCUCCCCGACUCUCGUGCCGAUGAGAAUAGGCAACGACGGCUUCAUCCCUGGACCACCACUGAAACAAACACCGCCCAUGGACGACAUGACAAUGCCCAUGAGAAUGUGUCUCGACAAAUUAAUCGCCGGUUCACCCCUCAAACAAACACCACCCAUGGACGAUAUCCUCGUUCCGAGCAGAUGCGAUUUCGAGAACGAAAUACGUAAUCGUCCCCACGAAAUCGAGGAAAAAUCAUGCGCGAAUGGUGAACUUUUCGAAAGUGAUGACGCGACCGCGGCUAUCAGCGCGUCAGAGAAACCUCCCGUUAUGGAAGAAGCUUCGGCCCUUAAUCUCGAUGAAUCGGAAGUCUCCUCGACCAAGGCAGAAUUCGGCGACGAGUCGAGUUAUCUCAUGAGCGGUGGAUUUCACAAAACUGACACUUCCAAUUUCGAUCGUUCUUUCACCGGUUCUUACAGCGAGUUCGAGGAUUCAACGAUCGUCGAUCCAAUGACUAAAUCUUUUGGUCCCGGUGACUUCGUUGCUCUUGGUAAUCCGGUUGAUUUGAACGCCGUACACGACCUCACGGACGCGGAUCUCAUGCUCGACGAGGGUCAAGUCUCCCAACCGGCUGACGGUAUAAUCGAACAAUCUGAAAAGAUUGAACAAAACAAUCGUAGGAAUAUAGAAAUUGAUACGGAAUUGGAGGAGGUUGAUCAAUCACAGAUCGAUCCUUUCGCCGAGUCUCAAUCCAACCAUCUUUUGGAUGCUGGUCCGUUGAUGCUCGAUAUUCCUUCUUUCAGUGAAACACCCACUGAUUCCGGAGUUCAAGAAAACGCACCAAUUUCUCAUUCAGAUUUCGAUUUUACUGAGCCAAAAGUUUUGGACGUGCAGCCCGAAGUGGAGGAAACUCCGGUCGAAAACGCUCCCAGAUUCGACGAGUUCGAAUCGAACGAACCAACCUCCACCCUCGUCCCCGAAGUUCGCGCCGAAACUGACGUUUCUUCGAAAUUGUUGGAAAUGGACCUGGAAGAUCGCGGCUCUCAGGAUUGUGGAUUUGAAAAAUGCAACGAAAAAUGGCAGAAUGAGUCGGAGGCGAACGAAUGCACGGCAACGGGGGUCGGCGAGGAACCAAUUAAACAAUUGUCGUCUACCGCGUUUCAAGAGAAUCUCACCGGCGAAUCUGACCUCUUACCCGACGAACACCAUUCGGCUGAUGUAUCCAAUACAUUAGAAUCUCACGAGACGAAAGAAAGUACAGAGUUUCACGAAGAUUUUUGCACUAAGGAAGACGCAGUUACGUUGCAAGCGUCUUUUAUGCACAAUCCGUUAGACCUCCAUGUCGUAACGUCCGCGGUUGCAGAGGAUAAUGUUAUACUCGAGGAUGACUCAUUUCGAGCGAAUUCCGAGAUACCAAAGGUUCCAGAAAGUCCGGAUGUCGCUGUAUCACCGCUGAUCGACGAAAGACCAAUCAAUUCAUUUAACCAAAUGGACUUGGUCAGUUUCUCGCAGCCUCAGGAAGAAGAAGAAAGAUUGCCCUCGGCAGAAGAGCAUUUGUCAGAACAGAAGAAUUCUUUGGAGGACGAGAGCCCAUUUGAGUGUGUUGCUACCGAAGAAACGGCCGACGUUUCAGCCGGUCUCAAGCUAUCGGAGUCUCUUCAAGAAUUCACAGGGCUGGAGCAACAGUUAAACCCGGAAAAAGUGAGCAACGGUUUGGUCGAGACUCACGAUAAUUUGAUGGAAGUUAGUAGUAGUAAUCCACCAGCGGAAACGUCCGCGCCAGAAGAGCCAGUUCCACCGCCGGCAUCCGAAGAGAUAGAGAAGAAAAUGAGCGAAUUAGCGAUCGAGACGGAAACGGAAGCGAUCGAAGAGAAGCUCGAGUCGACGGAAAAAGCGAAUAACGCUGACGCAGUGUUGGGAGCGAGCGUAGUAGCAGCUGCAGCUGUUGGAGCAGCGAGCGUUGCCGCCGCUACAACGACAGCCCCAAAAACAACGAAAGGAAAACCCGCUGGAAAAGUCCCUCCAAAAGUUGGUUCAACGAAAUCCGGAGCCGCUGGCAACAAAUCGACACCGACGUCUCCGACGAAGCCUUCGGCAGCCCGAACAUCGAGCGCGGUUGGAGCCGCGAAAAAAACUGCUGCGACGUCGCUGGCUGCGCGUCCAAACAAAUUAGAAACUGCUGGAAAAACGAGCGCCUCGGCUAGCCCGAGCGCGAAAUCGAGCGUCACAACGGCUCCGAAAAAUACAGUGAAAGCGGCGGCUAAGCCGACCGGACGUUCCCUCGCAUCGACGGGAACAGCGACCUCCGCGACCGGACUCAAAGCCAAACCAGCCACUUCCACAACGAAAUCAACAGCUCCCGGCGAUAAAAAACCAACGAGCAACGGAGACGCCACCAAAUCAUCUCUCUCGACGACUAGCAAAGUAUCUUCAACGAAUACGAGAUCCGCCCCGGCAACGAAAACUCUGAAAUCAUCGACAGCAGGCAGUGUCAGAGCAAACGGUACGGCAACGACGACCACAACAACGACAGCAUCCUCGGGCGCGAGUUCUAGGCCCAAGACAGCUUCGACAACUGCAACAGGAUCGUCGAGAUUAACUAGCAAAACAACGACGUCAACAGGAAGCACUGGCACAACGACUCAAAGGCCGAAAACCGCCCCUGCAACGGGAACAUCCACUGCUUCCAGUCACACAACUAAAUCACGUUUAACAGCAGCGACUAAAUCUCCCAUCACAGAAAAACAAAUAAAGGAAACAGCCAACAAGCAAAUUUCGUCGUCUCGCACAACCACGACGUCAACGAGCACCAAAUCGAGCCGAGGCACAGCAAAUUCUUCCACAACGAGACGCGUCACCGCUACGAAAAGCAGCACCUCGAGCAACGCGACUACGAACAAUACCGCAGCACCGGCCAUGCCACCGCCAAUUAAAAAGCCUGGUUCGGUCUCCCGGCUCGCAUCGGCUGCUCCCAAAAACCCGACAACCAACGGCAAAACCAAUUCCUCGAAGAGCAGCUCCACGACCGUUAGCAAAACCAAAGUCGUUGUCGAAAACGGCGUUUCCAACGCGGAACAAGACGUUCUCGUUGUAACUUCCACAACUGCGACAGAGACGACGACGACGACGACGACCAUGACGAAUAAUAGCAACGAGGAAGACGUCCCAAAGAAGGAUGUCUCGCCCAUCGAACCAACGACCGACAAUCAGCUCAUCGUAACAGCCGAUUGAACGUGAAUAAACAAAACAAACAAAAACGAAAAGAAAAAUUUAAGAAUCCCCGCAAAAUGGCGCUCGUAAAUCUCGUUAAAAUUACGAUAUAGCUUUUUAUAAUAAUUGUACGUUGCACCGAUUGAACGGGGGAGAAUCUUUCCCAUUCUCCUUGCCCCCUUUCGUGCGGAUAAAGCAAAGGAACAAACGGUUACAGAUUUAAGGUCAUUCGAUAUUGAUACGUUGAAUUAUUGGCAAAUGCAAUGUCGGUCGAACGCUUGUAGCGCGAUUACUAUAUGCCCAUUGGAAUGACGGUAAGGAACAAGAAAAAUUACGAGUACACUCAUUUAUUGUCUCAUUCUUCUUCUUCUAAACUACUUCGACUAUAUUUUAUUUUGGACUUUCCUUUCUCUCCUUUUUUUUUUAAUUAUAUUUACGUAGAUUAAAAAUAAUAUAUGAACAUGUAUCGAAUGAAAAAUUCAUCAAUAUUUAGAGGGAGACCAAGAGGGGAAAAAAAAAGAAAAGAAAAAUAAAAUAAUAAAUCGUAUUAGCAUUAUGCGUAUUAGUAAUGUCGCUUCGAUUGCUUUGGGUUGUGCUGCAAAGUUUUAUCGAAAUACUUAAUUCGACUAUGAGACACAAAAAGAACGAUCAUUCGGAAUUGAGAGUAGCUAAGGAGACAAAUGGGAAGAGAAACGUUGAAAGUGAGUGAAAGAGCGAGACGGAUCAAAGAGAGCUUUUGAACGUUUUUUUUUUUCGUUGUGUAAAUAAGCCGAAAAUUGGUUUUUUUUUUCUAUUCUAAAUAGUAAUUACAAACUAAUAAAUUACUCGCGUAUGUUUUCGAUGUUGAAACGUGAGGAGAAUAGUAAGGGAAAAAAAAAGAAGAAAAAAAAACGAAGCUGACCGCAAGAUUUGUGUGGUGCUCUCCGUAAGCCGGUGUGUUGCGUGGUGUGUAACGACGAAACGAAGUGAAAUUAAAAUGGAUAGAUCCGAUGUUCGCGGACCAACGGAUGUCCGGCAAUCGGGGUCGAUCAGUUUUAAUCCGUCGCAAAGAGAAUGAGAGGGAAACACAGAACGUGAGCUAAACGAGACAGAGAUGGAAUGAAUGGAAAUAGAAAAGAAAAUAAAAAAAACAACAAAAUAAAAAACUUGAAAAAAAAAACUGCUUCAUCGUGAAAGAGUCGUCAGUAUAUAUGAUUAUUACAAGUUAAAAUAAAAACAAAAACAAACGACACAAACGAAA